GCAGACUUUCAUUUACUUUAUCAGCUGGUAAAAUUAAGGAGAAAGCUCGGGUAGUUGCUAUGGACCUGAGAGGACAUGGAAAAUCGUCCUCGGAAAACGAUCUUGACCUCUCUGUUGAGACUAUGUGCAAUGACGUUUUAGCUGUUAUAAAGGAAAUGUAUGGAGAAUCCCCUCCUGCUAUUGUGCUUGUCGGCCACAGCAUGGGAGGUUCAGUUGCUGUGCAUGUUGCUGCAAAGAAAACAUUGCGUACCUUGGCUGGGUUGGUUGUUGUGGAUGUUGUAGAGGGAACAGCUAUGGCUUCAUUGAUCCAUAUGCAGAAAAUCCUAUCAAGCAGAGUGCAGCACUUUUCAAGCAUCGAAAAAGCGAUUGAAUGGAGUGUCAAAGGAGGUGCUUUGAGAAAUAUUGACUCUGCCCGUGUUUCUAUCCCUUCCACAUUAAAGUAUGAUGAUUCAAAGAAGUGUUAUGUCCAUCGAGCACGUUUGGUAGAAACUGAACAAUAUUGGAGAGGAUGGUAUGAAGGGCUUUCGGAUAUAUUUUUGUCAUGUCCAGUCCCAAAGGUCUUGCUGCUAGCAGGAACAGACAGACUGGACAGAUCUCUCACAAUUGGGCAAAUGCAAGGAAAAUUUCAGAUGGUAGUUGUGAGACAUACUGGGCAUGCUAUACAGGAAGACUCUCCUGAGGAAUUUGCAACUCUGAUACUCAAUUUUAUAUCUCGUAACCGAAUUGGCCCCCAAGGAGUUGAGAUACCCGGACUCCGUCGGCCAUUGCAGUCACAUUCGCAACAAUGAGAACCCCCUGCAUACUGAUCUGACAAUCCUCUCUCUCUCUCUAUCUCUUUACUAUUUCAGUAAGAACAUAUCGUCUCUUAUUUGUGUGUGUGCGUGUUUUUUUCCCUUUAUUUUUGGUGAUACUGGUGUGGUAUUAUGUAUGAUCAUAAAGAGUUUGUGCUAUGUGCAAAGCUUUAGUAAAUAUGGUUAGUGGUAUUCCUUUUGGUAUGAUUUUGUCUUUUGUUUUCUUAAUUUAAGAGGUUUUGGGGCUGUUUGUUUAUGAAUUGUUUU